AAAGAAUAGGUAACUCUGGAGCGUGUUUGAACCAGGGGCGAGACAAUCUAUUCAUCUCAGCUGUCGAUCCUUUCAUCAUCGACUAUCUUCCUCUCCUCACAAUUUCCCCCAUCCGACCCCUCAUCCGGUCUUCAAUUGACCGGUCGAUAAUUCCUGCUACAGUGAUUCUACUCCGGCCCCCCUUGUCCUCGUUUGGAUCCUUUCAACCACCGGCCGGUGUCAUUCCAAGUGCGCAGCCCAAGGGCUUCCGAGACGAACGAUACCUGGCACACACCCUUCUUACAUAGCUCUCUCCUCUCACUGGGACAUUGCCAAGCCUAGUGAUGAGCUCUUCUCCACCGGCAUUGGCGAUACACAAGUACUACAAGCCGAGUGAUCUUCCUCCUUCUGCUUCGUCGUCUCACCAUCCAGCUGCUCCCAUCACUCCACGUAGUCCAGACGUCCAUCGAUCCAACAUGACCGCUGCCGUCGCUGCUCGAACCGACAUGCAAUCACCUUACCAUUACCCUCCUUACCCAUCUCGAUCGAUGGUCUCUCGAUCACCUUCAACCUCUGCCAUGUCGACACACCGAACCAAUCCUUAUCUCCGGCCCUCGAGUACCAUCAGCACACGGAGGCAACGAUCUCAAUCUCCCUUGGCCAAGUCCACGCCGCAGAAAGACGACCGACAUCGAGACACGCUUGCUCCCAUCCAGCCGAUCCCACAGGAUCAUACGCGCGCCAGCCAUCAAGAAUCGAGGGAUCCAAAACGUGGCAUGUCUAUCCCGCCCAUGUCCAGUCUCGCACUGCGUACACCCUCCACCACAUCACCCGAUCCAGAGCAAGGUCGAGAGAAAUACAAUCCAGGUCGAGGAACGACCCUCCCUGCUCUCUUCACUAUGAGCUCCACCGGCCUGCACGAAUCACCGAAAUCGAUGCAUGCGACACGAUCUCCCGUGGCAAGUGAAUCAGCCGAGAAAAUACACGCCAGUCCCCGUGGAUACGCUCAACUUCGACCCAGCUUUACAACGUUCGACUCGAGUGACAGACUACCUCAGACACAUGGUGAAAUCCAACCUGGUCGUCAUGCGUCCGAUCCAGUACCACCGCCGCCAAACCAACAGAUAAAUCCUUACGCUCGAUUUUCGCCACCCUGGACGCGUGAUCCAGAGAGGGAGAGAAUGUUUAAUCGCGAUCGCGACUGGGAACGAGCGAGACGAGGGGAAUACGACUAUGGAACGCCGAGAUCACCCUAUGGUCCCUAUCACGAUCGAUACGGUGGAAGAGCGUAUGAACCUCGGAUGGCGCACGCUCAUCUCGGUCAUGGUCAUCCGCCUGGACAUCCCAUGGACGCCGUUUCGGAACCCGCUUCGCCACCACUGAGAGCUCUACCUUCAGAUUACCCCGCGGGCGCUCAUCCCUAUUAUCCAGAACGUAUGGUGACUCGUAACAAGGGACACUCGUCUGGAAAUACAUCCAGUCGUUCUGCCAGUGCACAGAUUGGAGCGCAAGAUCAACAAGGUUCCGCUGCAAAUGGUCAAAAUAGACGCAUUGCUCAUCUCAUGUCGGAGCAAAAGCGUAGAGAAUCUAUCAAUUCUGGUUUCACCUCCCUUCGAUCCGUUCUUCCGAAUUCUAUACCCACCGACUCUAAAGCUGUCGUUCUACGUAAAGCCGUAGCACACAUUAUGUCGCUCGAGAAUCGAUUGAGAAAAGUUGGCGGUUACGGUCCGCCCGGUGGUGGUGGCGGCGGUGGCGGCGGCGGCAUGUCAUCGCAUGGAUCUCCUUUGGCGUCGUCCUGGAAAUUCAGCAGUAUGGAGAUGGAUACUCCCUCUGGUGGAACGUCAUACGAUGAUAAAGUCGGUAUGGGAGGUAUGGGCAUGGGCAUGGGUAUGGGCAUGAACAUGAGCUUGGGAUCUGUCCGAUUGGGAGAUUCGGGUCAAACGUCUACAGAAACUUCGCCAUUCAAACUCCGAUCGAGGUCCAUAUCAGGCGAUGGCGAUGGCGAUGAUGGUGACUCGGAUCGAGACGCGGAAGAACAGGACGAAUUGGUUUCUCAUGCAGGAGGGGGAGACGACGUAGAGAUGGAAAAAGAGGCGGCGGCUUGGGAAACCAAUAGAUCACGAAGAGAUCGACAUGGGCCAGGAUCAGUGCGAGGAUCUGGACUGGGAGCUGGAGCCGGACCAGCCACAGAGAGGAUCGUCGUGAAACGAGAGAGAAUAUGGGAGGAUAAACCUGAACACGUCCCUGUCGGACUCGGCGAAAGCUUUGAACGGGGUAGCGGAGGCAUCUAGUUGCCGGCAAGUCGUCCGACAACUGCUUCAUAUAUGUGUCUGUCGUGUCCUGUCCAAACAUGAGAUAUCCAGGCAGUAGAAAAGACGGAAGAGCUAAGAGAGCGGAAUAAUGAAAUGCCCACUACAUGGGACUAGCAAGUGCUGGCAAAAGCUC